CUUGACAAUUGAAGAUAACUUCUUCAUUAAAAAACGAGCCCAAACUCAUCAAGACUCAGGUAUUAUAUUAUAGGUUAAGCCAACCCAUUGCCACCCUUCUGCGAUUCAUUAACAUUCUAUAAGGCGUUAUAUGAAGCUUGCCGCCGAUAACUUUUAGUGCUAUCCUAAUUCAUCUUAAUAGCCGAUUCGCCUUACCAGUUUGAGUCUCAUUCUCGGAGUCAAGCAACAGACAACCGUCACAUAAUUCCAGACGCAGUGAUACCAAAAGCCCUACAAGCGCUAAUACAGGGAGCAAAAAAACUCAAUCAUCUCUAUCCUUUACUUCACAUAAGAUAUUCUUGUUCAUCGGCUGCAUCUCAUCCGUCAGCCUUAAAGAUGGAGGUUGACCCGGCGAAUCAUUAUUUGUUACGGUUACCGAAACCCAACUACCUCCCUCACAAAGUCGAUGUGGACGGGCCGGUGGUAAAGAAAUUCAAUAAACCUUUAGAUCGGCCAAGCGACCUUGAAAAUGCAGCUUAUCUUAACAAGAUUAAACGAUUCGCUCACGAAUAUGGCAUCACAAAGCCGAAAGGCUACACAGUGUCCUUCCAUUACAACCCCGAAAUGGAGAGGCAUCACUUCGGCCAAACACAUCCAAUGAAGCCUUGGCGACUAACUCUCACCAAGAGCUUGGUCUCAUCCUAUGGUAUGAAUUUCGCCAUGGAGAAUUAUACCGCCCGCGCCGCCACAUACGAGGAGCUUACGGCAUUCCACACAAACGAUUACGUCGAGUUCCUUGCCUCAGUUGCUCCCCAGCCGCUCCCAUUAGACGUUGACAAUGCUAGUCCUGAUCUCAAGUUUAAUUUGGGAGGUAGUGAUUGCCCACUUUUCGAGGGAUUAUACGACUAUUGUUCCAUGUCUGCUGGUGGUUCCCUAGAUGCCGCGAGAAAACUGUGUACGGGUCAGUCCGACAUUGCUAUCUCCUGGGGAGGAGGCCUGCACCACGCCAAGAAAUCAGAAGCGUCAGGAUUUUGUUAUAUCAACGAUAUUGUCCUUGGUAUACUGCAAUUAUUGCGCAUCCACCCCCGAGUUCUCUAUAUCGAUAUCGAUGUUCAUCAUGGUGACGGUGUAGAAGAGGCCUUCUUCUCUACAGACCGCGUCAUGACGGUCUCUUUCCACAAGUACGACCCUCAAGUUUUCUUUCCCGGCACUGGCGCUUUAGAAGAUAAUGGGCCGAGGAGCGAGCACAACCCAGGGGCACACCACGCUAUUAACGUACCCUUGAAUGACGGUAUUACGGAUGAGCAGUACGAGUGGCUUUUCAAGAGCAUCAUUUCUAGAUGUAUAGAAAAAUUCAGGCCCGGUGCAAUUGCUCUACAAUGCGGCGCGGACUCUCUAGCUGGAGACAGAUUAGGUAAAUUCAAUCUGCUUGUUCAGGGUCAUGCCUCAUGUGUCGAGUACUGCAAAAGUCUAAAUAUCCCUCUGCUUAUGUUCGGAGGAGGGGGUUAUACACCCCGAAACGUUGCUCGUGCUUGGGCAUAUGAGACGGCUGUCGCCAUCGGUCACAAUAAGACUAUCCCGACAGAAUUGCCCCUUCACACUCCUUGGCGCGAGCGCUUUAGGCACGAUACCCUCCUUCCCACCCUAGAACAGAUAUUAGGCGAGCCUCGUCAGAAUAAAAAUCCCAAAAAGAAAUUAGACGAUAUCAUAGAACACGUCACCGAACAGUUGCGGUUCGUCGAAACCGCACCCAGCGUGCAGUUUUCUACCAUUCCGCCCGAUCUCAGUCCAAUCAGGGAUGAGGUAGAACAGCGAAUCAAGGAGGAAGUUGAGGAGAAGGAUGAAAUUGGGCGAAAACUUCGGGAAGAAGGCAUGGGAGAUCAUAUGGAACUAUAGUUGCUUCGCCCUAAUAUCCAGUUCACGACAUAACUUGGACAUUUUGAAAGAAAUCAUGAACAUCGGUCUAAUAGUAUUAUGCUAGCUGAGUGUCUUAUUGUAUAUGCCUCUAUCUUUAAUACUCUAACUUCCUAGCGAUCUUGU